AUGAAAGCAGUUUUAUCCGACUUUUCCGAAGCCAUAAAACUUAUUGAAGAUAACAAAUGGGAUGACUUCAUCAAAUAUGCCAUUGAUGAAAGAAAUAAUGCAAUAAUUACCCAAAUUUUGGCGAAUUCAAAAUAUGAAAAUCUUUUAAUUCAACAAAUGACGAAAGAACAACUACUCGAAUAUCUUGGAAAUGUAAAGAAUUCCACAAAUAUAAUGAAACGGAUAUCAAAAAUCGCAGAUUCUGAUUCAAAAUUUACUGAAGUAGCAAAACAAUUAGUUUUGAAUCCAUACAAGGCACAAUAUACUAAUACUUUAAGUUAUUCCAUAUCAAGUUUACCAAUUGAUAUGAUAAAAACUAUAAUAAGCUCAAGAGUUACAAAUUCCGAAAUUAAAGAUGUUGCCACACUUGGAUCAAUCAUCAAAAUACAUUUAGAUGGAAAACACAAUUUCAAACUGAUACAAGAGCGUGAUUCUAAUGAUGUCAAGAAGAUUUCAAUUGAAAUCACAAGAAAAAGUGUUUUAAAUGCAUUUCUUGAUCAUUUAUCUGAUGUUUUAGAUUACAUACAAACACUUAAUAACAAAUCCUCUCUUAUUCGGUCACUUCUUUCUUUUCCAAUAGAAAAUAUCUCAAAUUGUAUUAACAAACGUAUCAUGGAUGAUGAAAUGAAAGCCAAAUUAACAAAGAUAUUCAUUGAUUUCCCAGUCCACAAAGUUUUCCCUGAAUUACCAGCAAAAUUAAUUAAUUUUGGUGAUAUAGAUUCUCAAAAUCAAUUAGAAAGGAUGAUAAGCAAAUUUUCAUCAAUUAUAAAACAACCAACAUUGUAUCAAUUAUUCAAAAAAGCUGUUGAUGCGAAACAUCCUGAUUUCAUCAAAUAUAUUUCGCAAAAUCUAUUCAAAAGUGAGGUCUACAUAUAUAUCAGAGCAUUAAAUAGUCAAGAUGGUGUUUUUGACAAGUUAUUUGAGUUUGCAAUCCAACAAUCAGUUGAAGAUUUCAUUCAAACAGGAGAAUCAAAAUCAUUUAAUUAUGUUUGCGGAGUUAUUUUUAAUCAUACAAAAAUGUAUCUAAAAUAUGAUGAAAUUGUAAAAUUUAUAAAUGAAGUUUGCAAGCGAGUUAUUGAAUUAAAAGAGUCAUUGUUAACAAAUACCAACAAAUAUCCAUCAUUUUGUUUGCAAAUUAUCAAAGUUUUGUUGAAUCCAAAUGACAGGAAAAUCAGUAAUUUUGUUAAUAGUGAAUUCAAGACACCUUUUGAAUUACUUGAUAAAGAUAUAAGAAAUUCUAUUGUUGUUGGAGCAAUAAAACAUCCAACUGAUGACAAGAAGUUUUCAGAUUUCAUUUCAAGCCAUGAAUGCACAUAUUUAUUUGGUUUGAUAUGCAAAUUAAAUUCAAUAUUUGAUAUCCAUCUUGUUCUUUCUGAAUCAAAGAAAUCUUCAAUUGACAAAUACUCAAUGAUGAAUGGAAAAUUACCUGUUUAUCCUAAUCCAAUUCCUUGCAAAAUGUCAAUUGUUGAAGUUUUCCUUCAAAUGUCCAAUUUCUGGCUUUCAGAUUCUGAUAAACUUGUAAGAGAAGGUUAUCUUUGUUAUCAACUCUUAGCCAAAAAAUUUGUAAAUGAAAGUUUGAAAUCAGAUGACAAAGAAUUCAAAGAAAUUGCAGCAUUAGUUUAUCAAAGAUUCUUGACUUAUUUGUUUGGAUUAAGAGAUGCGAAGAAUCUUCAAUUCAGAGCUGAUCUUUUCUCAGAUGCUGCAAUUUAUCCACCUUUUAUUUCAUUGAUUAAUGAAAUUGAUCCGGAAUAUCCAAUUAAUCUAUGCAAGACUAACAUAAAUAAUGCUCCAACAUUAGUUAAAAUGCAGAUACUCCAGAGAUUAUUGAUGUCAAGCCAUUAUGAAAACUCAAAAAUUGAUGCUGUUUAUGGAAAGAUUUCAAAUCAAAUUUUGCAAAUGCUGAUGGAAUCUCCACUUAAUAAAUUUGAUAUCAAUGGUAAUUUUAACGUUAAUUGGCCCGAAAUAUUCGAUUACGAUUGGAAAGAACUUGAGAAAAAGUUUUUGAAUGCAUCAAAUAUUGAUGUUCCUGAUUAUUGCAAUGUAUUAAUUAAUGAUGAUGUUGUUGAUUUUCAUAUGUUAAUACCAGAUGUUGAACUUGAGAAAUUUAAGACAAACUUCACACCAAACUAUUUUGUUUAUUACGAAAUUGUUCAGAAAUUGUAUCAAUUCGUAAUUACAAAGAAAUAUGUUAAAAAGAAAAUUGAUGAAACAACAGAAAUGUUCAUGAAUUUUCAAGAAUUUUUGAUAAAGAACAGUUCUAAAAUUCUUUCAGAAACAAUUACAUUGGAUUUACUUCCAGCAAAUUCUGAAUACAAUUAUUAUUCAAUUAAACUUUAUUAUCAUCCUGCUUUCUUCCCAAUGAUUAAUGAAUUGCACAAAGAUUAUGUAUUAGAUUUCAAAUGCAUUGAUUAUUUGUUCAAUUUUGAUUUCAAAGAAGGAAAGUUAAAUGAUGAUGUAAAAUUUGAGGGAUUUCCAUUUACAAUUAGUUUUGAUAAGAACAUUUCACAGAAUAACUUAGACGCCAAGUAUCAAAAAGAACAAGAAAUCAAACGUAAAAUUUAUGAUGAUUUCAAAUCACAUCAAAAAUCAUUCAAUCAAAUAACAAAUAAAUCUGCUUCAUUAGAAAAGAAUUUGAAGAACAUCAUGAAAAAUGACAAAAUCACGUUUGUUAUUGAGAAAAACACUAAUAAACUUGAAAAAGAAAAGACGCAGCAAAUUUAUUUUGUUCCACGCCAGGUUCUGCAAGUUAUAAAGGCAUUUGACAAAUGUGAUAGUGAAUUGUUCGUCAAAUCAGCCAAAUGCUUAAUGACAUUCCAAUCAAAUGAGAUAUUAAUUCGUUAUGGAAAAUUCAAUGAAAACUGUUCAUUUUUCACUUCAAUUUUGAAUUUACUUUUAGUUGAGAUCACCGGCAAAAAUGUUUCUCUUGAUUUAUCAAAAGAAGGAUUGGGAUUCUCUGAACUCUUAGAUAUCUGCAAUUCCAUUGCUCAAAUUUGUAGCUGGAAUCUUGGAGAUUUACCAAAUUUGGAACUUUUGCAAUUAUUGAAUUUGCAAACAUGUCAUCAGAGAUUUAGAACAAAUGCAAAUAGUGUUUUCCAAUCGAUAUUGAUGUCAAAUAACAUCCAGAAUAUCAUCAAAUGCUUCCAAUGCCACUUGUUUAGUGAAUUAUUCUUCGAAUCUACAACAAGUUUAUCUGAUGUUUACAAGAACAUAGUUGAAUAUAUUCUUAAAAACAAGGAAACAACAGAUAUUCAAAUAAUUAAAGAUGAAUAUUUGGCAAAACUUGCAAUUGUAGCUUUAGAUAUGGAAUUUCCAAAAUGCGACAAAUACUUGACACCUUAUUUGCAAUUUAUUUCAGAAAGAUCAUUAAUUUGCAAGAGAAGUGCUGUUGCAAAUGCAAUUUACUAUACAAAACUUUGUAGAAUGUAUGAUUACGAAAUUCCUAAUUUCGAUGAUAUUUUAAGGAAAUCAUUUACAAAGUUUGAAGAUGAAAUGACAAUAUUUUACUGUCUAUUGAUCAAUUAUGAUAAAACUCUUGAAAUAAUGAACAAGAAAUCAGUCUUUGCUCCAUUAUCAGUUAUGAGUUGCCGUCCAGAAUAUUACCUUAAUAAUUCAUCAUUCAGAAAGAUCGAAAUUGGCAAAGAAAAUACAGAUUUAUACAGCAAAAUCAUUGAUGAAUUUCUUUUGAAAGGUUUGUUGAGCCACACACCACACAUUGUUGAAUUAAUUGUCAGUCUUUUGUCAUUCAUUGAGUUGAGUAAUGAUCACAUGAAACAAAUAAUUUCGAACUAUGUUGAUGAAGGAUUGAAGAACAUAAAUGUUGCCGAAAACAAAGAAGAAUUCAUCAAAUUUGCAACAAUUUUUGUUUCAAAGCAUUUCAAAGAAUAUGAAAAUUGCUUCAAAUCAUUCGAGGAAACACUUUCAAAAAUCAAACAAUAUUCACUGCGAGCAAUUAAAGAAGAAUCAAGUAAAAUUAAGAUGAAUAAGAAAUAUGUUCCAGAACAAUCUCAGAAAAUCAAAAAUAUCUAUAAUACUAUUUCGAAUGUUUUGGAAGAAAUCUUUAUCAAAUUCGAAAAUAAAAGUGAGAUGAAGUCAACAUCUGAAUUUUGUCGUCAGAUUUUACAACCGUUAACGGAUUCAAAACCGUUUGGAAACUUGAGGUCAUUCAAUGAAUUAUUGAGCAAAGUGAAGUUAUUUGGUGAUGUCAAUUUCGAGAAAUGCUGCACUGAAAAUCAAGAUCAACUUAAAUAUCUGAUUUUGUGUUUGCAAAACAACAACGAUGUCGGAACAAUUGAUUACAAAGUUGUUUCUAAUAUAUUUGAGAUAUUGAAGGCAGAAUUUAAUGAAGAGCACACAUUAUUAUUGUCAAAAUUACCAAAUGAAUACAAAUAUAACAAGUUUUAUUGCAAUUUGUUCAAGAAAUCACUUUCAGAAAACAUCCCAGAUGUUGAUGAUGAAAAAUUGGCAGAAAUUUUGUCGGAUUUAGGUGAUUUAUUAUUAUCUGAUGAAACAGAAGAAAUGACCAACUUAAUAAACAACGAGGAACAAGAUUAUCAAGUACAAGCUAGGGAAGCUCUCUCUAAUUAUAUGCCUCCAGGUAACUUGUGUCAGCAAUCAUAUCAACAAUGCCCUCCAAUGCAACAACAAAUCCCAAUGCAUCAGCCAAUCAAUCAAUCAUAUCUUCGAAUGCAAAGAGCACGUUCAAAUAUGAAACAGGAAUUGAGAAAUGAUAGAGAACCAGUUGAAAAUGCUGGUGAAGAAGAAAAAAUUGAACAUGGUCAAAUGUUUAAACUCUUCCUUUAA